AUGCAAGUUAGUGUACCUCGCGGCCACAUAUUAUGCCGUACGAAAUGGAAAAACUUGAGACUAGUUCAAAUUUUGAAAGAUAAAUUCAACAUUAUAUUUGAAGACAGAUUUGAUUUUGUUGAUAUUUUCAUCUCUAACGACACAGCCAUAGUUGUGAUAGAUGAUAAUGAUAUUAUUGAUGAUGGUACCUUAGCUGAUAUUAAAAGAAAUCUUGUAAAAUUACGACGCGCUGAAGUAUUCCAGGGAAUUGCACUAAUCCAAAAAACCACAAAAACUGAUUCCCAUUUUUAUAAACUUCAAAAAUUCAUCACACUAAAUCUCGGUCUCAAAUUAGUUCCUUACCUCAAUUGGCAAGAAUGUGCAGAUUUCAUAAUUCAAUUAAUUUCCAUAGAAACGAAUCCUAACUCAAAUAUUCUAUCGAAAUUAAAUAAAAAUAACUCUCAAGUCACGCCUGUCGAUGAACACGUUCUUGCCAUGUUAACAAGCAUACCUAAAUUAGGCUCGACAAAGUCUCAACUUUUGAUAAGUCAUUUUCCUAGUCUACACUCAAUAUGCAAUGCAUCUGAAGAGCAGCUGGCUGAGAUUGUUGGACAAAAUUUGGCAUUGGUGAUUAAAAACUUUUUCAAUUCGGCCUGCCACUAA